CGAGCGCUGGAAGUAACAGGCUGGAGACUCAAAGCAUGUGUGUUUAUGAGUAGCUCUCGGCUGAUUGGCUGAGCCGAAAGUGUGAACGACUGUGGGGAGGAGGAUGCAUGAGUCGGGGUGGGGUAAGGGGCGUAUCCUCCCCUCUCUCUGUUUGCCUGGUGUCCCUACUUGAUGAGAUCAGCGGAUCGCCUUUCAUCAUGAGGCAGCUCUCACGCUGCUGCUCGCACUGCCGUCUGUCCUCUUUCUCUCUCUUCUUCCCUUUCUCUGUCUUUCGGGCCACUGAGCUGGAGCCGCGACACAGGACGGAGUAAGGAGUGCGGAGUGGGACGGAGGCUGCCACGGCUGGGAUUAACCUCAGGGAGGGGGUUGGGGGGGGUUACGUCUCUGGGGAGAAGCUUCUUUUCUCCUUCCUCAGCAGGCAGACACAGAAAAGAGAAAGAACUAGUGUGCGCUCCUUCUCACAAAGAGAGGAGCUCCUUUCUUCCUUUAUUCCAGCGGUUUUCCUUGUUUUUUCCCUGAACGGGUGACAACAGGGGAGUUCUGCCGGGGAGACCAUCUCAACCGGGUCGGUGUAAGCACCGGCUUCAGUAAGGCUGGCACUUUCGCCACUGCCAGACGCUGACGUGAGUUUGGGGGCCUCAGGCUGUCGUCUUGGUGCUUUGAUGAGGUAACGGCGGACCCCAGAAGCCCAGCCCCUGUGUUGCGCCACCCCUUCCCUCUCUCCUCCUCCCUACCCCUAUCCAACCAGCCAAGCCAUGGGCCAGAAGAUCUCGGGGAGCAUCAAGUCCGUAGACGUGCGCGGAGAGCCAUCCUACAGGCCCCUGAGGAGGGAACUGAGAGGGCCAGAUUUCUUCAAGCCAGCCCGGCUGGACCUACUCCUGGACAUGCCCCCUGCUCCGUAUGAGCAGCAGCUUCGACAUGCCUGGAACCCGGACGACCGCUCGCUUAAUAUCUUCAUCAAGGACGAUGACAAACUCACCUUCCAUCGGCACCCUGUUGCCCAGAGUACCGAUGGCAUUCGUGGACGGGUGGGAUACACACGAGGACUCCAUGUUUGGAGGAUCCAUUGGCCUGCUAGGCAACGGGGCACACAUGCGGUGGUGGGUGUGGCCAUGCCAGAUGCCCCUUUGCACUCAGUGGGUUACACUUCUUUAGUUGGCAGUGAUAGCGAGUCCUGGGGCUGGGACCUGGGACGAAACAAGCUCUACCAUAACAGUAAGAACCGGCCGGUCUCUUCUGCACCCACAUACCCAAGCUUCCUGGAGCCAGAGGAGGCCUUUGUGCUGCCAGAUGCCUUGAUAGUAGUGCUGGACAUGGAUGAGGGCACAUUGAGCUUCAUGGUGGACGGACAGUACCUCGGAGUGGCCUUCAGAGGUCUUAAGGGCAAAAAGCUGUACCCCAUCGUCAGUGCGGUGUGGGGCCACUGUGAAAUCACCAUGCGCUACAUCAAUGGUCUAGAUCCGGAGCCGCUCCCUCUGAUGGACCUGUGUCGACGUGCAGCGCGGGUGGCUCUGGGACGAGAGCGUCUACAGGAGAUCGAGACAUUGCCUUUGCCCCAGUCUCUGAAGAAUUACCUCCAAUACCAGUGAGAGCGUGGGUCCUCACAAAGAGAUGCACACACGGACACCGAGAGGAAGCCUGAGGGGCUACUAUAGCGCCACCAUCAGGCCGCAGUGGGAAAAUGUUUACAUUGUGGCUCACUGGUGGAAUCUUAAAUUAGUUUUUUGCUUUGUUUUGUUUUUCAGUUUUUAUUUUCCUCUUUAUGAGUUGUUUAAAUUAUUGAUGGCUUUGGAAGAAGCUCGAGGGACAGUGUGACGCAGGGCUAGAGCGGCGGCUCAACAGACCUGCAGCGCCUCCAGGUGUGCGUCUCGCCCUGAAGAAUACAACAGGAAGCGACAUUUCAGAAAGCACAUUAACCUUGGGAUGCCUUUGAAAGCCCACAGUUAUAAUCGUUCCUCUUUCCCUGGGUGUAAAGCCUGCAGAGCACAGUCAUUGGACACAGGAGACCGAGGCCACCGCAGGUCGGGCUCAGCUGCCUCCCGAGUCAAAAUCCACCACACGGGAGCCUCAGCGGAAGAAACGAGCCCUGGAAGGUGCCGAGCAGGUGCCAGUACCUUCGCACAGGACCACCAGGGGACGGUUACAUGACUGACAGCAAACAUUUCCCAUUUUUUCUGAGAUGGAUGUGUAUUCCCGAGGACACACUUGUGCGUAUGCACGAAAACGACCAACAAUCAUACGGAUUUCACUUCUUUUUGUUCUCUGUGGACUUGAGUCACUUUUCUAUCUGAUUUUAAUGUCAGUGUGAGAUUUCAGUUGAUGAUGAUGAUGAUUUUAUCAAGAUGUUUGGCUAUCGUUUAAUUUUAUUUAUCAGGUUCUAGUUCCUUUUUAAUGAACUGAGGAUGUGCGAGCGAGCACAUAGAUAUCGAACAUUAUCAUACACUCGUCACAUAUGGCUUUCUAUUUUAAACUGGGAUGCUGCUUUUAUUAUAAAUAAUAUUAUUAUUAUUAUUCUGUCUGAACGCUCAGAUAGAAGUCUGGUUUUUCCGAGGCACACAGUGGAAUGUAAAGAUCUUGCUAGCGUUAGCAUAUUUGAAAUGUGAAUAAAAGCCAAGUGAAUGAGAA